AGGUAUUUCUUCCCCAAAAAUCUCUGUCUCUGUCUUCGUCAGCCAUCGCAGCAAUGUUGAACGCCGUCGCUCGAGCUUCAUCUGGAAUUUUGAGAACAGUACAGCCGACUGUUUCUCACAUUCAGAAUGGACAAUCAAAAGUCCUUCCUGCUCUUCUCGGAAAACGAAGCUUUUAUACUUCCCAGCUUCUGAGCGCCGAAGCAAAGACUGCUGCCAAAGCUGCCAUCGCCAAUGGAAAGAUUGUUGCCGUUAUUGGUGCCGUCGUCGACGUGCAGUUUGAAGAUCAGCUCCCACCUAUUCUCAAUGCCCUCGAAGUCUCCAACCGCAGCCCCAGGCUUAUCCUGGAAGUUGCUCAGCAUUUGGGUGAGAACACUGUCCGCACCAUUGCCAUGGAUGGUACUGAGGGUCUGAUUCGAGGCCAGCCAGUUUUGGACACAGGAUCACCCAUCAAGAUCCCAGUUGGACCUGAAACUUUGGGCCGCAUUAUGAAUGUUAUUGGUGAACCUAUUGAUGAAAGGGGCCCGAUUGUUACCGACAAGUUUGCUGCCAUUCACGCUGAAGCUCCCGAAUUCGUUGAAAUGAACGUUGCCCAAGAAAUCUUGAUUACUGGUAUCAAGGUCGUCGACUUGCUCGCACCCUACGCCAAGGGAGGCAAAAUUGGUCUCUUCGGCGGUGCUGGUGUCGGCAAAACUGUCUUGAUUAUGGAACUUAUUAACAACGUUGCCAAGGCCCAUGGUGGUUACUCCGUGUUUGCUGGUGUCGGUGAACGUACUCGUGAGGGUAACGAUCUUUACCACGAGAUGAUUGAGUCCGGUGUUAUUUCCCUCAAGGAUAAGACAUCCAAGGUAGCUUUGGUGUACGGUCAGAUGAACGAGCCCCCUGGUGCUCGUGCUCGUGUCGCUUUGACUGGUUUGACCGUCGCCGAAUAUUUCCGUGACCAGGAAGGUCAAGAUGUGCUGCUCUUUAUUGACAACAUUUUCCGCUUUACUCAAGCUGGCUCUGAGGUGUCUGCCCUGUUGGGUCGUAUUCCCUCCGCUGUCGGUUAUCAACCCACCCUGGCCACAGACAUGGGUUCUAUGCAGGAACGUAUUACCACCACCAAGAAAGGUUCCAUCACCUCUGUCCAGGCCAUUUACGUGCCUGCUGACGAUUUGACUGAUCCCGCCCCUGCCACUACCUUUGCUCACUUGGACGCUACCACUGUAUUGUCCCGUGCCAUUGCCGAAUUGGGUAUUUACCCCGCCGUCGAUCCCCUCGAUUCCACCUCACGUAUGAUGGACCCUAACAUCAUCGGAGAUGUCCACUACAACGCCGCUCGUGGUGUUCAGAAAAUCCUCCAGGAUUACAAGUCACUUCAGGACAUUAUCGCUAUUUUGGGUAUGGAUGAGUUGUCCGAAGAUGACAAAUUGACCGUUGCCCGAGCCCGCAAGAUCCAGAGGUUCUUGUCUCAGCCCUUCCAGGUCGCUGAGGUUUUCACUGGACACGCCGGAAAGCUGGUCCCCAUCGCCGAAACCAUCAAGGGAUUCAAGAUGAUCCUGAAUGGUGAACUUGAUCAUUUGCCCGAGGCCGCCUUCUACAUGGUUGGCCCGAUCGAAGAAGUUGUUGCCAAGGCAGAAAAACUAGCUGAAUCAACAGCAUAAGUUGUCUGGCGGAAUAGACCCAUCCCUCAGCUGUAGAUUUGGAAGUCGCAAAUGAAGAGAAUACAUGUCAAUCUUUCACCACAUGAUAAUAUCCGGUCUAACAAGCGAGUUCCAUUGUCUCUGCAGUUCUAAUAGCGUUGUGUAGAUGUUCCGGAAUCCUUUGUACAAAGUAAAGAUGGAAACCGUU